AUGUCCCGUUCCUGGGACAAGGACAAGCAGGAAUUCGAUACCGACAUCGGUGCUCACUAUGAUUUUCGGACACGAAUUCAUGAUGCCAAGGUCUACAGAGUUCGACUGCGAGCAAUCGAUUCCACUGAGCAGUCCAAGGGAAACUUCGUGGAAUCACCCGCUAUGCAGCCGCACAAAGAGCAUAACGACGUCAACCAAGCCUUCCCUACCUUUGGAAACUCAGACGACGAACAGGACGCGUACGAUGAAGACAACUAUCUCGGAUUGGCCGAGGACGCAGUUGAAGACGACAUACAUAAGGACACCAUGGAUUAA